CUAGAUCUAUUCACUAUUUUUGCAGUUUGCCUGUGGCGUGGCGCUACGUAUAGAUAGAUACCAGUUCAUAUUACGCCGUUCUGUGCAUGACUGUGCGAGUGUGUGUUCGACGCUGUGUGUCUUAUGCAUGGAAAAUACCACCACAACUCUAUUCUGUGUGCAUAGCUUUUUGUGUGUGCUUCGCUUUAUCUUCCAUCUAUCUCCUGCAAGAGGCGUGGUAUAUUAAAUAACCGGCGUUUAUUCUGAACAUCAACGCAUUUCGUUUGCAUCUGGUAGCAGUCCAAUCGCUUCAAUGAAGAUGACGUCACAAUUGGUCACGCUAGUGCUAGCAGUAUUCGUCUGCUCAGCAGCAGUCGUAUACUCACAAAGUCCAUCUUCACCUCCUUCAGCUUCACCUCCCACCGUCCUUGCCACGGAGCCCAUAACAACCCCCCGCCCAGCGGUAGCAACAACCCCUCCCCCUGUCGAUAAUGGCACACCAGCCCCAUCCGCUAAUGGCACUGACGCACCGACCCCAGUCGUGACUGACGCACCGAUGACUAGCGCUAAGGACGGCGAUGACGAUGGUAUGAAAGGCGAUGGCGAUGGUCAAAAAGGACAUGAUGACGACGAGGAAGGCGGAGGUGGACUGAGGAGAGGUGAUAUAGCUCUAGCCAUCCUUGCAACUAUUCUUGUUGUGGCAGUAAUAUGCACCUUUAUAGGACUGUGUUACUGGAAGUACAAGGGAAAUUCAUACGUCACAGUCACAGCAGAUACAACCUACAGACAAUAAUUGUAAUCCUGCCUGCAAGCAUCUAUACAAUAACAUUAAUCAAACGGUAUCAUCUGUAGCAAUAAGAUCAAUAAUAAUUAUAGCAGACGGAUAGACGUUAGGUCUAUCUACUUUGUACAAAGUCGACGUCUUUCUGUUGUUCAUUCAAUACAGAGAACAAGAGAAGUUGCCUUGGUGACAUGGGAUAUUCUCAAAGCUUUGAGGUGGGCAAGUUCUAGAUGUUACCCCAAUAAAUAUAAAUAUCUCGUUUAGUUUACCCGAUGAUUUUAAUAGGUUGAUGGCCUUAUUCCUAGCGGGGGGCGUGGCCAAAGGGAGUGGCACCUUAUUCGACAUUCGUCGGUUCGCCAUUUUCUAAGGCUGUUGGGAAAUCUCAAAGAGAUGUUGAUGAUUCCUUUGCUUGAUUGCUCGUUGGUAAAUUUCAGCUACCUCUUCGAAACCCUUCCCAUUUAAAAUAGUCUGGCGAUGCCCCUAGUCAAUAUACACAAAAUAAUUAAUAAAAUACAGACUUCGGUAUGUACUUUUGAAUUUCAUAAUUCCUUCAUAUAGCCUGAGAAACACCUUUGAUUUUCCCAGUUUUCGUAAAGAUCGUGGAACAUCCUUCUUUUGUUAGCGUUUGUUCCCGAAUGAGUGCUUUUUCAGCUUCAGAUAUCAAAUUUUAAUGUAACUAAGCUGAUAGUAUGUAAUACAUAUACAGUGUGUUCGAAAGGGCAUUAUGUAUAAUGUUGUCUGCUAGUUAGAUAAUAAUUUAUGGAACGCUCAAAACAUUGUUUGGAACUUAAGGCUGCGAGUCAUUAGUGAUACAUCUUAGUGUUAUAAACAUUACAUUGCCAAUACGAUUUUAGAGUGGUUGUUUGUUGUUACUGUACAUACAAUUUUUAGUACUAAACUUACGUUUUUAUUGUAUGGCAGAUGUCACGAUAUGACUAUAAAAAAAAUCCUUGUGAUGUAUUCCAAAGAGGCUCACUAUACUUUUAGAAAUUACAUAUUCUCAAAGGAUUAUCUUUCCAUUGAUACACGGUCACAUUAUAAGGGUGGUAGAUUUUUAUAGCCAGUUGUGUCAAUUUGCACGUUCUGUACAAGAACAAAAUACAAGAAGCAAAUUAUACAUUACUCGUGUCUAUGUUGGAAUCAUUGUAUUGCUAUGAUGUAUAUAAUAUGGUGCUUUGAUUUCAGGCAUAUAUUGCACAUUUCUCGUGUAAUCAUUGCUAAACACCAUACGCCAUGUCCCAGAAAUUGAUUUGUUUGUGCCUAUAGAAUCAAUGCCUUCUUGCUUUACAUUCUCGGCAUCACCGACAUGGAUCUGGUACCAAAAUAUAUUAUUGAAUGCAAAGUACGAUUUAAGACCAAUGAGAUUGCAGGGAUAAAACAUCAUACGUGAACGCAUGAUUCUGAUUGGUUGAUGUUAUGUAUACGUUACGACUAGACUAUGAAGCGUGAAGUACAUUCAGCCAAUUCGGUGA